AUGGCGACCCCCGCAACGCAAAACAUCCCGCCUAUUGCCCAGCCGUUUGUGUCGCAGCGGGCAAAGGAUCUUCUGGACAAGGUCUACACCUUCGUGGACGAAGAAUGCAUCCCCGCCGAUGUCGUCUACUCGUCACAGAUCGGCACGGGCGACGCGCGCUGGCACGGCCACCCGUCCAUCCUGGAGGAGCUCAAGAAAAAGGCGCACGCCCUGGGCAUCUGGAACAUGUUCCUGCCCAAGAACCACUUCAAGGACGGCCCGCAGUUCACAAACGUCGAGUACGGCCUGAUGGCCGAACAGUUGGGCAAGAGCAUCACCGCUAGUGAGGCAUGCAACUGCGCGGCCCCCGACACGGGCAACAUGGAAGUGAUUGCCCGGUACGGCACGGCGGCGCAAAAGGACCGGUGGCUCAAGCCCCUCCUGGCGGGCCAGAUCCGGUCGGGCUUCCUGAUGACGGAGCCGGACAUUGCGUCGUCGGACGGGUCGAACAUCCAGCUCCGCAUGGAGCGGCGCGGCGACCACUACGUGCUCAACGGGUCGAAAUGGUGGUCGUCCGGCGCGGGCGACGACCGGUGCAAGAUCUUCAUCGUCAUGGGCAAGACCGACCCGCAGAACCCGGACAAGUACAAGCAGCAGUCCAUGAUGCUGGUGCCCGCGGACACCCCCGGCAUCCAAGUCCACCGCAUGCUCAGCGUAUACGGGUACGACGACGCGCCGCACGGCCACGGACACAUCACGUUCAAGGACGUGCGCGUGCCGCUCGACGCCAUCAUCCUCGGCGAGGGCCGCGGCUUCGAGAUCAUGCAGGGCCGCCUGGGCCCGGGGCGGAUCCACCACGCCAUGCGCGCCAUCGGCGCCGCCGAGCGGGCGCUCGAGUGGAUGAUCAACCGGCUCAACGACACGCGCAAGGUGCCCUUUGGCAAGCCCUUGUCCGAGCACGGCGUGCUGCUCGAGUGGGUGGCGAAAGCGCGGAUCGAGAUUGACGCGUCGCGCCUCAUCGUGCUCAACGCCGCGAUCAAAAUCGACCAGAAGGACGCCAAGUUUGCCCUCCGCGAGAUCGCAGAGGCCAAAGUCAAGGUGCCGCAGGUGGCGCUCGAGGUCAUCGACCGUGCCAUCCAGGCUCAUGGAGCAAUGGGGGUGUGCCAGGACACGCCGCUCGCGAGCAUGUGGGCUCAUUUGAGGACGUUGAGGAUCGCGGACGGACCUGAUGAGGCGCAUCUCCACCAACUCGGCCGCCGCGAGAACAAGCAGCGCAAAGACGAGAUCAAGGCCCGCAUCGCCCGCCAACUGGCCAAGACGGAGCAAAUCUUCCGCGACAUGGGCAUCGAGAAGCAAGAGCUCGGCGCCGCAAAGUUCAAGCCGAAGGCAAAGUUGUAG